AUGAACCGGGCCGCGCCCCGCGCCCCGUGUGCCCGCUCGCCCCGCUCGCUCCCGAUCGAGAGAGGACCUCUUGAUCUGAAGCCGCCGCCGUGCUACGACCCCGCUGCCGGAGAGCAUCGCCGCCGCCCCGCCUCAUCUUCCGGGCGACCGGCGCCGCCCUCGUCUCCCCGCGCCGCCGCGCGUCCCCGGCGGCCGGCGCCACCCCACGCGCCCGCGCGCCGCCCCGCGCCCCAGAUCCGGCCGGCCCCCACUCCGUCCGACCUCCUCCUCGUCUUCCCCGGCGAGCAUGCGUCCGCCGCUGUGGCCGCGCUCGCCGCCCGCCCGCGCGCGCACGUCCCCUCCACCACGUGCCCGCUCUGGCCACGGCCAGCGUGCCGUGCCGCUCCCCUCGCCGCCUGCGCCGCGCUCGUCGCCGUCCCCUGCCCGGCGCCACUCCGGCUUCCUCUGCCCCGCCUCCACCGCUGCUUGCCGCCGCCUCCUUGCCGCCGGUCUAGCCCCGUCUGGCCUCGCUCCCAGCGCCCAACGCUGCUUCCGCCGUCGCCGGCCACCGAGGCCUCGGGCGCGCUCACCCUUGCCUCUCGUGGCCUCGGGUGCGAGCACCCGCCCCCGUACGCCCGUUAG